AUGGACACCAGGGAACAGACUACUUGGCCAAAGGUUAUGUGGAAGAAGGGAGAAGCAUAUCUCCCCAAAAACAUGGUCCCCAGCUUCUGUAGUGGGCGCCAAAGUCUUGUCCUGUGGGGAUGCAUUGCGCAUGGCAAGAAGGGGCCAUUGAUUCCAUUGGAACUGUUGCCCAAAGUUGUCACAAAGACCAGGUGCUCACAUGGCAGGGGGCUCACUUCAGAAGCAUAUGCCAAACAAGUUAUCAAAAGUCUGCUCAAUCAAUUUUUAAAUAGUCUGGAGGUGGAACAGGGUCAUAAGAUCCUGAUUGUUGAAGAUGGGGCAGCAUCACAUAGGGGACCAGAGGCUCAGCAGAAUUGGGCAGAAUUGGGCAUUGAGCAACUGACCCAUCUGGCAAAUUCUCCUGAUCUUAAUCUCAUUGGGCCCAUAUGGCGCCUGCUCAAAUCAUGUGUAUUCAAGAUCCCUGGAGCUCAUAAAAACCGUGACACACUUUUGAAGGCAGCUAACAAGGUCUGGGCCAGCAUUUCAGUGGACAAUAUCAAUAAACACACAGGGGAUACGGAUGCUUGGGUUGAGGCUAUCAAAGCUGCCAAGGGAGGGCCAACUGAGUUCUAG